CCCCGGGAAACAAUCCGCGCGGCGGAGGAGAAAGCCACUCCUGUCACUUGGUGCGAGCGGGGCGCCCGAGCGGGCCCCCCGGCCCAGCCCGCCCAGGGACCCCGGAGCCCGGCGGCAGUGGCCGCCCCGCCCCCCACGAGACCCGGCCGGGGCAGGUCGUGGCAGUGUCGGGGAGGGGUCGGGGGCGGCUGCUCUGCAGAGAGAAGGCGGCACGAGCCGGCGUCCGCUAUUUUCCAACCAACAGAAAUGGAGGAAGACCCAGAAUUCGUUUGAAGUCCAAAGUGAUUAUCUUGGCGUUUUGAAGGUGUUUUUUGUUUAUUUUUAAAAUAUAACAGUCCUGGUUGUCUUUCAUUCUCUCUCCCCUCGCUGGGGCUGGAUUGGAAUUGCAUCGCUGUGGGUGUGUGCCUGUGGGUUUUCCUCCAAUGUGGACUUCAGAGGAUUUGUCCCUCCUUUGUAAUUUGAAAUGAAAUAAUGGCGACACGUUGGACUGGUCUACCUGAGGGAGAUGGAGACGGCAAUCAACCUUGUGGAACACCUAUCGAGGAGGUAACAAAAAAUAAAGAUGGAAAAGAGCAAAGUGAAGCAGUAUCACCAUCUGAAGAUGAAACGUUUUCUUGGCCGGGUCCGAAAACGGUUAUGUUAAAGAGAACAUCUCAUGGCUUUGGUUUUACAUUAAGGCAUUUUAUUGUUUAUCCCCCAGAGUCUGCUAUUCAUUUUUCCUGUAAGGAUGAAGAGAAUGGAAACAGAGGAGGAAAGCAAAGAAACCGACUGGAGCCUAUGGACACCAUAUUUGUUAAGCAAGUUAAAGAAGGAGGACCUGCUUUUGAAGCUGGAUUAUGCACAGGUGAUCGUAUUAUAAAAGUCAAUGGAGAAAGUGUUAUUGGAAAGACCUAUUCCCAAGUAAUUGCUUUAAUUCAGAACAGUGAUACCACAUUGGAACUUAGUGUUAUGCCAAAAGAUGAAGAUAUCCUUCAAGUGCUACAGUUUACAAAGGAUGUCACAGCACUGGCAUAUUCUCAAGAUGCCUACUUGAAAGGCAAUGAAGCUUACAGUGGCAAUGCCCACAAUAUUCCUGAGCCCCCGCCCAUUUGCUAUCCCUGGCUAUCACCCUCCACUUCAGGAAAGGCACAGCCCAUGGAAGUAGCUCCUCCUGACUCUUCGCUGAGCAAACAGCCAGUCAGUACUCCAGGACUGACCCAAACUAGCAGGGCCUACAGAAUGGAAGUACAAGUGCCUCCCUCACCACCAGAUGUUGCAAAGUCCAAUACAGCAGUGUGUGUUUGCAAUGAAACAGUAAGGACUGUCAUCGUGCCUUCUGAGAAGGCUGUAGACUUGUCAUCUGGUAGAAAUAACCUUACAGGUCCGUCACAUAGAACUGAAGAAGUCAGGUAUGGCAUCAGUGAACAGACCUCUUUAAAAGCAGUGUCAAGGACUCUAUCACCAUCAUCUUCAGUUCCCACCACCCAUUUAAUUCAUCAGACUCCAGUGUCAAGAUCAGUAGAUCCUUCUGGAGUUUCUGUUAAAUCUCUUAACUAUGGUGGACAUCUGGAAGGAAUCUCAAGCAGUAGGCCUCAAGCAGUGGAUACUCCCUCAGUUUCUACUAAUCAUUAUUCUCCAAAUUCUCAUCAGCAUAUAGACUGGAAAAACUAUAAAACCUACAAAGAGUAUAUAGAUAACAGACGAUUACACAUGGGGUGUAGGACAAUUCAGGAAAGAUUAGAUAGUUUAAGAGCAGCUUCUCAGAGCACAACAGAUUAUAGCCAAGUGGUAUCAAACCGCACCACCUGCCAGGCACGCCGGAGGAGCACUUCUCAUGACAGAGCACCUCAACCAGUUCAGAUCCGGCAGCGUAGCGUAUCCCAGGAAAGACUAGAGGACCCUGUGCUGAUGAAGUAUUGGCCAAGAAGUGCUUCUCAAGGGGCACUCACUUCCCCAUCUGUUAGUUUUAGGAGCCACAGAACGCGUUCAUGGGAUUAUCUCGGUGGGCAAGGUGACACAUCAGAAAAGGUGAAUUCAGAGAACCUUGUAUCUGAUUUGAAUGGAGAUAGAAAACAGACUUAUAAAUGGACUGGAUUUACAGAGCAGGACGAUCGACGAGGUAUCUAUGAAAGAUCUAGGCAACAAGACUUUCAUAAAUCUUUUCGAAAUUCAAAUUUUACUGUGGCUCCUAGCGUUUUAAGUUCAGAUAGCAGACGAGUGAGUGGUAAAGGAGUGGGACCUGGGUCUCAAUUUCAGAAAGUUUCACCAGAUUUAAAAACAUUGCAGUCAAAUAGGAGUUUUCAAAACACUUAUGGAACAUCAUUGCCUCGAGGCAUUUCACAAGACAGGUCACCUCUGGUAAAAGUCAGAAGUAACUCUUUGAAAUCUCCUUCUACAUAUGUGGCAAAACCCUCAUUCAACCAGAACUCAUUUGUUGCUAUCAAAGACCAAAGACCAGUAAAUCAUUUACAUUCAAGCAGUCUACUAAAUCAGCAAUCGAGAUUACGAGCAGAAAGUGCACCAGACCACAUGGUUGAUACUGGGAAGUCCCCUUCUUCACCUGUAGCUUCUGCCAAGCUUGGACUUCAGAUGAGUGAGAGCUGUCUUCCCUCAGAUGAUUUAGAACCAUCUAUCAAACAAAAUUCACAAGAAGUGGAAAUUCAACCAUUAGGCUCCUUAGAUAACAAAGAAACAGUGGUCUUGAGGGAAAAACCUCCAUCUGGGCGCCAAACACCUUUGAGGCACCAGUCAUACAUCUUGGCAGUAAAUGACCAAGAGACUGCAUCAGACACUACCUGUUGGUUGCCAAAUGAUGCACGCCGAGAGGUCCACAUAAAGAGAAUUGAGGAAAGGAAAGCAUCAAGUUCCAGCCCACCUGGUGAUUCCCUGGCAUCCAUUCCAUUUAUAGAUGAGCCAACCAGCCCAAGCAUUGAUCAUGAUAUUGCACACAUUCCUGCUUCAGCUGUCAUUUCGGCAUCCACCUCUCAUGUACCCACUAUAGCAACGAUUCCUCCCAGCCUUACAACUUCAGCCCCUUUAAUUCGCCGUCAGCUGUCACACGACCAUGGAUCUGUUGGGCCCAUCCUAGAUGGCCAGCGCAACUCAAAAACUGAGAGAUCAAAAUCAUAUGAUGAAGGCCUGGAUGAUUAUAGAGAAGAGGCCAAAGGGUCUUUUAAGCAUGUAUCUAGCUUGAAGGGAAUCAAGGUCUUAGACAGCCAAAAAUCUUCUGAAGACUCUGGGUCCAGAAAAGAUUCCUCUUCUGAGGUAUUUAGUGAUGCUGCCAAGGAAGGAUGGCUCCAUUUUCGACAGCUUGUCACUGAUAAGGGGAAGCGGGUUGGUGGGAGUAUUCGGCCAUGGAAACAGAUGUAUGUCGUCCUUCGGGGCCAUUCACUCUACUUGCACAAAGACAAAAGAGAACAGACAACUCCAUCAGAGGAAGAACAACCUAUCAGUGUAAAUGCUUGCUUGAUAGAUAUUUCCUACAGUGAAACCAAGAGGAAAAAUGUAUUCAGGCUUACCACCUCAGAUUGUGAAUACUUAUUUCAAGCUGAAGACAGAGAUGACAUGUUAGCCUGGAUCAAGACCAUCCAGGAAAGCAGCAACCUCAGUGAAGAGGAUACUGGAGUCACUAGCAGAGACCUAAUUAGCCGAAGGAUAAAGGAAUAUAAUAGUCUAAUGAGCAAAGCAGACCAGUUGCCAAAAACACCUCGCCAGAGUCUCAGUAUCAGGCAGACUUUGCUUGGUGCUAUAUCAGAACCAAAAUUUCAGAGUCCACACUCUCCCAAAGAAGAGUCAGAAAGAAAACUCCUCAGUAAAGAUGACACCAGUCCUCCAAAAGACAAAGGCACAUGGAGAAAAGGCAUCCCAAACAUCAUGAGGAAAACAUUUGAGAAAAAGCCAACUGCUGUAGGAACCUUUGGUGUCAGACUGGAUGACUGCCCCCCAGCUCACACCAAUCGGUAUAUUCCACUAAUAGUUGACAUAUGCUGCAAAUUAGUUGAAGAAAGAGGACUUGAAUAUACAGGUAUUUACAGAGUUCCUGGAAAUAAUGCUGCUAUCUCAAGUAUGCAAGAAGAACUCAACAAAGGAAUGGCUGAUAUUGAUAUACAGGAUGAUAAAUGGCGAGACUUGAAUGUCAUUAGUAGUCUGCUGAAAUCAUUCUUCAGAAAACUCCCUGAGCCUCUCUUCACAAAUGAUAAAUACGCAGACUUUAUUGAAGCAAAUCGAAAAGAAGAUCCCAUGGAGCGUCUUAAAACAUUAAAAAGACUGAUUCAUGAUUUGCCCGAACAUCAUUAUGAAACCCUUAAGUUUCUUUCUGCUCAUCUGAAGACAGUAGCAGAAAAUUCAGAAAAAAACAAGAUGGAACCAAGAAAUCUAGGCAUUGUUUUUGGCCCAACCCUUGUGCGACCGCCAGAAGAUAACAUGGCACAUAUGGUGACUCACAUGCCUGACCAGCACAAAAUUGUAGAAACCCUUAUCCAACAUCAUGACUGGUUUUUCCCAGAAGAAGGUGCAGAAGAGCCUCUUACAACAGUUCAGGAGGAAAACACUGUAAAAUCUCAGCCAGUGCCUAACAUAGAUCCUUUACUGACCGACAUUGGAAAGACGGGCGUAUCUCCUGGAGAUGUAGCAGAUUCAGCUCCUGGUGACUCAGCAGAAUCUAAGGGUUCUUGGGGAUCCGGAAAGGAUCAGUAUAGCAGGGAAUUGCUUGUAUCCUCCCUCUUUGCAGCGGCCAGUCGCAAGAGGAAAAAAACAAAAGAGAAAGCACAGCCAAGCAGCUCAGAGGAUGAGUUGGAUAACGUCUUUUUCAAGAAAGAAACUGCAGAACAACCUCGCAGUGAUAAUAGUAGUAAAGAGGACAGCAGAGGAGAGUCCAAAAGAGAGAAUGAUCCAAUGAGAAAGCAAAGAACUAGUGUUUCUAAGGAUAUUAGUAGCAAAAAAGACUCGCACGUGAGGAAAGAGGAAAAGCUGGCACCAAGGAAAGAGAAUGCGGCAUGUGGAGAGCCCUCGCUGCCCUCCAACUCAAAACAAAAAUCACCUACUCUCGGCUACCGUUUCACCGUGCUUAAAGAAGGCCCCCAGAUCUCCUCUCAGCUCCCAGACCCCUCUUCUGGCCUUGGUGCUUUACUUAGCACUCCCUCCCCACCAUCCUUGAUGAGAUUGCCUGCUAAGAAAUCGUGCAGUCCAGAAAUUAAAUGCAAUGAGUUCCUGGCCAGUGCCAGUUCGACCCCCUCAGACUACUCGGCCACUGCCUACCUGACCAGCCUCGAUGGCAGCCGGCUAAGCCCAGAGGUACAGUCAGUUGCUGAGAGCAAGGGAGAUGAGGCUGAUGAUGAGCAGAGUGAAUUGAUCAGCGAAGGGCGACCUGUGGAAACGGACAGUGAAAAUGAUUUUCCGGUUUUUGCCACAGGUUUUCUUUCGGAGAAAUUCUUUCGCGGUAAGAUCCAAGAAAUGGUGAAGACAGGCCGGAGAAACUCCGAAGGAAGUGAAUUAAGUUGUACUGAGGGAAGUUUAACACCAAGUUUAGACAGCCGGAGACAGCCAUUUAGUUCACAUAAGCUUAUUGAAUGUGAUACACUCUCCAGAAAAAAGUCAGCUCGGUUCAAGUCGGAGAGUGAAGGUGUAGGUGAUACCAAGGAUGAGAAAGAAUCAUCCUCUGUAAUUAAAGUAUUUGACAUGAAGAAGAAAGGAAAGUCAACAGGGAAUUUGCUGGUGCCAGCUAGAAGUGAAUCAGAAAAACAUGAACCCACUUGGAGAAUUAAAAUAACUGACCGGCUAAAACUGAGGCUCAAAGCAUCUGCAGAUGACAUGUUUGGGGUGGGAAGUCAGAAAAAUAGCUCUGCAGAGAGUACUAAAAGGAAAAACAUCAGAAGACGACACACCCUCGGAGGGCAAAGUGAUUUUGCAGAAAUCAGUGUUUUAAAUGCUUGGAAGGUUCCUGAACAGAGUGGAGAAAGAGAGUCUGAACUUUCUGCUGUGACUCGAUUAAAACCCAAAUGCCCAGCCCAAGACCUCUCCAUUUCAGACUGGCUCGCACGAGAACGCUUACGUACUAGCACGUCUGACUUGAACACAGGAGAACCCGGAGAGCAUAGACUGGAGAACACUAGUAAAACAGAAAUCUAUACAUCAGGUGGAGGCAGCUCCCCAAGCACCUUAAGUUUGACAAACAGACCCCUUUUUUCUAGACCAUCCCAAUCACCUGAACAAAUAAAUGGUGAAAGCUUCCAGAAUGUCAACCAAAAUGAUGCUCCUAUACCUGUUGCCAAUCCUCAAAAACCAUCCCUAACCCCAGGAACUAAAUCACAGUUUCAUCAGUGUCUCUAAACUGGAGGGAUGCGUCCACUACAGCAACUCAAAAGCUACUGUUACAUGUUCCAAUAACUCUGUAAAUAUGUUUCUGUACUAGAAUUGUUAUUAUGCAGCCUUCAUUUUGGGCUGGUUUCAUCAAUGUGCACUGUGGAAUGUCUUCGCUGUGCAUUUCUAUGGCCAGAAGAACAUAAAGUUCAGAAAAAAUAUAUAUCUAUAUAUUUUAAAAAUAUAUUGGAUAGUUGCAUACAAAUAAGCAAGGUAUUUGUUGCAACAUGCUAUGUAGUCUCUACAAGGUUUAUGACCAGAAAUUGAUGAGUAAAUCAGCUGGCAUUAGUACGCAGCAAAUUUGUUCUUUUGGUUUAGUCACUAACAAAAGUGCCUCAUCAUAACAAUUCAUUGGUUUUGUUAGGGUGCCAUAUUGUUAACUGCUAAAUUAGAAAACUUAAAAUGAACAGAUGAAAGCAUUUUAUUGGUAAUGUUUCAUUACAUAUUACUGAUUUUAACACAGGUGGAUACAGAGUUUCCAUUCCUUAGGCAUUCCAGUGGGAUCUCUGAGUUUUAUAUUCAAACUUUUAAUACAGUUUUUGAGUUUUGUGUGACUUGAAUUUUUAAUCUUUCUGUAAAAUAAGUAACUUAAAUGGACCUAUUAUAUGUGUAUCUUUUCUUCAGAUACCAUAUUUGUUAUAAAUGUUGUAACAUAGGCGUGUAGAUAGUGGAUCCUGGAUGGAACUGGCUUCUUUUAUGAAGAAUAUAAUUCUGCAUGAAGACUUAAUGAAUCCAAACCUGUGUCAUGCCUGUGUGCAUACCCAAUUAUACACUGGAAAUAAAAUUGUUUUGUUGAACUUUU